AUGAAAACAAACAGCAAAUCUAAAUCUACUAAUAAGUUCGUGGAUCACAGUGGUCAUCAAAAUACCAAGCAUAAUACCAAGCAUGGUCAAAAGAAUCGUAAAAACAGUUUUUUCCGUGACAUAGCUAAAUCUGAUAACAAACCACAGGCACAUGAUCGGAAGAAAGGCCAUGGCCUACCCAAUAAGAACGGCUCAGGUGUACAGAAAACAGUCAACUUUAAACCGAAACGCGGCCAUGGCAAUGACAGCAAAAAGCAUGCCGGUAAUAGGAGUUUCAAUAAUUCCAACAGCCGCUCACAGAAGGGACAUUUCGCGGGCAAGAAACGCAUACAGGAACCAGCAAAACCAACUGCUCCCGAAUAUCACUUUCAGAGCAAACCGGAAAAGGUGAACCUUUGCCUUGCCCCGGAUCGUUUGGAAGCGCAAGCUAAGGCAAUCAAGCAUUUCGAACGGCAGGAGCGGGCACAGGAGCUUGAAACGAAAAAGCAAGAUCGCAACAUGAAGCACAAAAUGAUGACGCAGAAAACACGCAAGGGACAACCGGUGAUGCAGGGUCGGUUGGAGUUGCUGUUCGAGAAAGUGAAAAAGGUUGUCGGCGUAUGAUGAGCGGCGCUAUUUACCCUGGAGAAAAACUUCAUUUGCUUUGUAAUAUAUAACUACAAGACAAUUGAUUGCUCAUCAAUUAACGGC